UAAAUCAAUUAUAUUUCAUAAAUAGAGCUUUGUGAUAUAAAAACGGCGAGAUCAGUUAGACUUUGUGUUAUAGUGCUCAACUCAGUUCAAGACAACGGAUGCAGAUUUAGUGCGGUGAAAAUCAAUUGAAUAGAAAGCCAAGAUGAGGACGGCAACGGUUCUUUCCUUAGCCGCAAUUACCUUGUUGUGCGUUGCUCAAAAUAGAGCCAGCAUUGUACCCUUGACGGGUGUGAAUCAACUACCUUUGGUGCUUUCUGUACCAACUGUGGUGACUGUAGUUCGAACAGAAGAUGAUGGACAAUACAAACCAGUGCCCGGUUUGGAGGGCGAAUAUGUGCCAAGCAUCGAGGAUGCAGGUAUAACCAAUGUCAUAACUACAGGAGUAUUGGCUGGCGGUGUUGUUGAAGGACCUUUAGUCAGCUCUCCAGGUGCUCUGCUCACCGUUGGUGGAGCUGUAAGUGUAGCUGGGCCUGCAAGUGUUGCUGGACCAGUAAGUGUUGCUGGGCCUGCAAGUGUUGCUGGGCCUGUAAGUGUUGCUGGGCCUGUAAGUGUUGCUGGACCUGUAAGUGUUACUGGGCCUGUGAGUGUUGCUGGACCUGUUAGUGUUGCUAGUACUGUCAAUGUUGCUGGUGCUGAAGGUGCGGAAGUUGCAGAAGCAGUGAUUAGUUCAGCAGCUGUUGGCGGUGGUGGCGAAGGAGCGGGUGGUGCAGAUAGUUCUUUAAGUAAUGGAUCCAGUGACGGAUCAAAUGGUGAUAGCAGCACUGUAGGUGUCGGAACAAGUGCUGCAGUAGGCGUACUUGGUUCUGCUGGUGAUGGAAGUAGUGCCGUCGGUGGUGCAGCUGGAGCCCUAGGUGUCGAAGCUGCAGCAGGUAGUGCUAUUGGAAUUGGAGGACUAAGUGGGAAAGCUGCUGCUGGCAGUGCCAUCGCAACCGAAGGUGUAGCUGCCUCAGUAGCAGGUGCUGAUAUUGAAGUUGGAGGACUAGGUGGCUCAGGUGGCGCUGGCGCAAUUGUAGUCGAUGAGUUAAGUGGUGAAGGUGGUGCUGUUGGCGCAGGUGGAGCUACUGGCGUUAGUGGUACUGGAAACGUAGUCUUGGGUGGAUCUGGUCCCUAUCUUAUUGUUAGCAGUGCAUCUGGCGGUGGUGGUGGUGGAGGUGGUGCCGGAGGUAUUAUUGGUGCUGGAGGUGGUGGUGGCGGAGGCGGUGCAAGCGGAAUUGGUGGAGUUGGUGGCGGCGGUGGUGCCGGUGGAGCCAGCGUUAUUAAUGGUAUUAGUGGCGGUGGUGGUGCUGGAGGGGCUGGCAGUAUUGGUGGUGCCGGUGGCGGCGGUGGAGCUGGUGGUCUAGCAAUAGCUGGUGGUGGCGGCGGAGCUGGAAGUUCUGGUGGUCUGGCAAUAAUUGGUGGUCUUGCAACAGGUGGUGGUGGCGGUGGCGGCGGUGGGGCUGGUGGUCUCUCUUCAGGUGGCGGUGGCGGUGGCGGAGGUGGAGCUGGUAGUGCUGGUCUUCUUGCCAUAGCUGCAGGUGCCGGUGGCGGCGGUGGUGGAGGUGGAGGCGGUAGUGGACAUGGCGGAGCAGGAGGUGGCGGUGCCGGCGGCGCAGCUGGUAUCGGAGGCGCUGCUGGUGGUGGUGGCGGUGGUGGUGCUGGUGCUGCCACUGGCAUUGAUGGUCGAGCUGGUAGCUCAGGUGCAAGUGGUGCAGACGCUUGGGGUGGUGGCGCGGGUGGUGCUGGUGGUCUUGGUGCACCCGCCUUACCUUGGCUAAAUCUUCAUUAAGAAAGCUACUUUCUAUAGCAAGUCCCUGUAUAAUGCUCAAAGUAAUGGAAAUGUGAUGUGUAUUCUAAUAUAUUAUAUUUUUAACUUGACAUCAACUACACUAGUUUAAGUCUAGUCGUCAUUUUGUACUUGCAAGUGAAUAAAAAGAUUUCACAAUAAAAUUGUAACUAAAUAUUUGCGUCCCUAAAA